CAAUAAUAAAAUCCCACCAGCAACUCCCAAACGAAUCCAUUUUCACUUCUUCCCUCCCUCCCUCCCUCCCAUUCCCCCGCAAUUCUCACGGGCAAUCCGUUCCCCAAGCAGAAACAAAGAAGAAAACAAACUAAGAUAGUAUACCUCCAUGGAAGAGUCCUCAGCUCAACGCCGCCUCAACACCGUUCAGAGCCACUUGCUCCUCGGCGGCGGAGACGGCGACGACGAUCACUCGCUUCGUUUGCAACCUAACUUCACCGCCUCGUUGCAGUUCGUUAACAGUUAUACGUACAGCGUAAGUCUACCGGAGAAAUUGCAGACGGGGAAAUGGAAUGUUUACAGAUCUGUGCGGUCUCCAUUGAAGCUUCUGAGCAGGUUUCCUGAUCAUCCAGAGAUUGGGACAUUGCACGAUAACUUUCAGCAUGCUGUUGAGAGUUAUCGAGAUUACAAGUACUUGGGGACACGAAUUCGGCAAGGUGGAAAAAUUGGAGACUACAUGUGGAUGACAUAUGGAGAAGCUGCUACUGCUAGGGAAGCGAUAGGUUCUGGCCUUCGUUAUCAUGGCUUGGAUAAGGGAGCUUGUGUUGGAGCUUAUUUCAUAAACAGACCAGAAUGGCUGAUCGUGGAUCAUGCUUGUGCAGCAUAUUCAUACAUCUCGGUUCCCUUAUAUGAUACUCUUGGUCCAGAUGCAGUUAAGUUUGUGGUGAAUCAUGCUGAUGUACAAGCCAUCUUUUGUACCCCUGAGACCUUGAACACUCUGUUGACAUUUGUCUCUGAGAUUCCGUCUGUGAGGCUCAUAGUGGUAGUUGGGGGUGUAGAUGAGAACUUACCAUUGCUGCCUUCUUCUGGAGUCAAGCUCAUAUCUUAUCUGAAAUUGAUUGGUGAGGGCCGCAGCAGUCUACAACCUUUUAUUCCUCCUAAACCUGAAGAUGUUGCAACCAUAUGUUACACCAGCGGUACAACUGGGACGCCGAAGGGAGUUGUCUUGACACAUGGGAACUUGAUCGCAAGUGUUGCUGGUUCCAGUUUGUCUAUCAAAUUCAAUUGUUCAGAUAUCUACAUUUCUUACCUUCCUUUGGCACACAUCUACGAACGGACGAACCAAAUAUCAGCUGUGUACUAUGGUGUUGCUGUUGGCUUCUAUCAGGGGGACAGUUUGAAAUUGAUGGAUGAUUUGGCAGCUUUAAGACCGACAAUAUUCUGCAGUGUCCCUCGGUUGUAUAAUCGGAUAUAUGAUGGGAUCACAGCUGCCGUGAAGACUUCUGGAGCCUUAAAGGAGAAAUUGUUUAAUGCUGCCUUCAACUCAAAGAAACAAGCAAUAAUGAGCGGUAUGUGUAUUGGCUAUUCCUGAGUGGUUCAUGACUUUGAGGGGUUGUCGUAAAAUAGCCAAUUCUUAAAUUUUUAUUUUCUUGCUGCUUGGAAAGUCUACAAGUUUUGGAGCUGUGGUUAUUGGUUAAUAUGUUAUCCUGUAAGAUGAUUACUUCAGGCCGAACUCCAUCGCCAAUGUGGGACAGAUUGGUAUUCAAUAAAAUAAAAGCUAAGCUAGGAGGGCGGGUUCGGCUUAUGGGAUCAGGGGCGUCACCUCUGUCUCCUGAUGUUAUGGACUUCUUGAGGGUGUGCUUUGGAUGUCAAGUGCUUGAGGGAUAUGGAAUGACUGAGACGUCUUGCAUCAUAAGCAUUAUGGAUGAGGGUGACAAUCUAUCUGGUCACGUUGGAUCUCCAAAUCCUGCUUGUGAAGUAAAACUGGUGGAUGUUCCUGAAAUGAAUUACACCUCCGAAGACCAGCCUUUUCCUCGUGGCGAAAUCUGUGUUAGGGGUCCAACCAUCUUCCAGGGCUACUACAAAGAUCAAACCCAGACAGGAGAAGUAAUAGACGAGGAUGGAUGGUUACAUACAGGAGAUAUUGGAUUAUGGCUAGAUGGUGGCCGCCUCAAGAUUGUUGAUAGGAAAAAGAACAUCUUCAAGCUCGCACAGGGCGAAUACAUAGCUCCAGAGAAGAUCGAGAACGUUUACACCAAAAGCAGAUUCGUUGGCCAGUGUUUCGUCUAUGGUGAUAGCUUCAACUCAUCCUUAGUCGCCAUAGUAUCAGUGGAUCCAGACGUGUUGACAGAAUGGGCAACUUCCCAAGGGAUCAAGGCCGACGAUUUAGGCCGACUAUGCAAUGAUCUAAGAGCUAGAGCCGCAGUCCUCGCUGACAUGGAUUCAAUAGGAAGAGAAGCACAGUUGAGAGGUUUCGAGUUUGCCAAGGCUGUAACUCUUGUUCCUGAGCCGUUUACCCUGGAGAAUGGGCUACUAACUCCAACCUUCAAGAUUAAGAGGCCGCAGGCUAAGGAAUAUUUUGCCAAAGCCAUAACUGACAUGUACGACGAGCUUUCUGCUUCCGAACAUGGAACUCCGACCUCAAAGCUGUAGUGAGACCGGUCAGAUGAAUCGUUCAUUUCAUUGGUUGGUUACUUUCAGUCACUUAUCAGCUUAGAUUAAUGACACAGAAUUAGUAUAAGAAAAUAAUCCACCCAAAAUCCAACAAAUAAUAAAUAUAUAUAAUAAUUCGUUACUUUAACUUUUGAGGUGAAAUGAGUUUGUUUUGGAUGCCGGGGCGAGGGUGUAUAUUCACAAAUAAAUUGUUGUUGUAAACUAAAUUCUGAACUGAAUAUGGGGUUCCCGAAUUACGAGCCACUCAACUUUAAUCUAUUUUCAGUUUGGUCCCGCAUUUUGUUAUUUAGGUAGUAAGAAACAAUCAUGAUGAUUGAACGUAUUAUUAUUGGUGAACAUUGGAGAGGGACUAAUUUGUAAUUUCCCUCC